ACUUCCCCUGCUUAAUCUAGUUCUAGCUUGCUUUCUGCCGCCCCUAAAAAUCCUUGUUCAAACCACUCGCCGGAUCUUACUCUCUCUGUGUCUCCCAGCAAAUUUAAUUUAAUCUGCUCUGCAGCUACACCCACCGUCCUCCUCCCCUGUCGGCCAUCUAGCCAUAUUGGGAAAUCACACCACCAUUAAUUUUGGUCACCUCAUUGCCCCUGCUUCUCAAUGAACACCACUUCUGGAUCUGCCUAUUUAUUAGAAUACAUUCAACCUCUUUCUUACAUCUGAACAAUCCAUACUCGAAGAAGCCAAUACACUUCCCCCACAGAUCUCUUCCAUCUUUCACCUUACAAGUACUCCACUUUCCGUCUUUGCGCCAUGCAAUCUGAUGGAAACAUCAACCCUGAUGAUCAUGUGAUCGAUCUAAACCAACCUGACCCUCAAGCUCAACAACCUCCCACCCUUCUGGGCUUCCUCAUCGCUGAUAAAUUUCUCAAUACUGCUGCUGUGAUUCGGAUCCUCACUCGAGCGUGGUCUGAUUUUGGUGAAGUCCAUAUCGAAGCCAUUCGCGAUAACCGUACUUUCACUAUAACACCCAUAGAGGCUGAGACUGGCCAAUUGAUCCUGGACAGAGGACCCUGGUCAGUUAUGGGUCACACUAUAAGCAUCAAUACUUGGCCCUUGGAGGCAAGACUUGAGGAUGUUCCGGUUCAUUCUCUGGCCAUUUGGAUUCAGACCCACGGACUUCCUCGGGGGCAGAUGACUCGAUCCAAUGCCAAUCUCCUUGGUGCGGUUGCUGGCUCGGUGAUGGCAAUUGAAGAUCCCGACUCCAUUAAUGGAUCGAGGGGUUUUCUUCGGGUACGGGUCAACAUAAAUACCCUUCUUCCCCUUACUCCCGGUGUUUGGAUCAGGUCUGGAGCCAAUAAUCCCACUUGGGUGGAGUUCCGGUAUGAGAGGAUCUCUCUCUUCUGCUACAACUGUGGCCGCUUGGGGCAUAGUGAACGUUUUUGCAACCAGGCCCGCUUCCACAGAGCAGAUCGUUUGGGUGUGUGGAUGAUCACCCCAGCUGCACGACAUCUCUCUCAUGGAUCCUCUUUUGAUAGUGAGAGAGGUUGGGACCGCUUCGAAAGACAGAGCUUUCAAACCAGACAAAAUUGUUGUGAGUUCCCAAGCUCUCCUCUAACCCAAGCACUCGUUCACGUGCCCCCUCUGCCUUCUACGAGGCCCCUUAUCAUUUUUGACAUCCCUUCCCCACCCGCAACUGAUACCCACCAAAACAACUCUCCCAUUUCGGUGACCGUUGCUUCCUCCUCUGUCGGCCAUUCGGUCAAAGGUAAGGCUAAGGUCGACCCUGUUAAUGAACCUAUUGUUGAGGUUGAAACUUCCCUUGAUACCUUCUUACCCCAUAACAAUGCCUCUCGAACUUUCCCUACCUUGGGUUCCUCUGGAGAAAUUUCUUUGGGGAAUACACAAUUCAUUUUUAACCACUCUCUCAAUGAAUUUGUCCCACUCGAUCCACCCUCUUAUCCUUUUCUGGCCCACCAUACCCACUCCCAAACUCUGACCCAAUUUGCCCCACUAUACACCUCACCCCAGCCACAUAACCACACUCACUCUGGCACUCUAGCUGAUCUCUUCCCUACCAUCACCCACUCAAUCUCACAACUACCACUUCCACCUACUGACCAUACUAUCUCUGGGAUUGCUGCCUUCCUAGAUCAACUCCGGCUCAAGCGUUUGACGGAGGACGUACCGGAAAGUUCUACCCGUGUCAAUAAGAAGUCAAAAAUUGCGGCCCCCACUGUAGCUCAACCGGAUCUAUCUUUAGCUCCACCGUCCAUUUUUGAGCAGAUCAUCCUUCCGGCCUCCUCCCCUAUUCUGUCCAUUGGGAGGCAGUGCAUCCCAAAGCUCCCUACCAGUCGUGGUCGUGGAAGAGGUCGUGGCGCGCGUGGAGCUCGUGGUCGUGCUCGUUCUGCCCGUGGUGGUGGUCCCACAUCUACUGCAACCAACCACUCUCCUCUGAGUGAUACUGUGGCUACACUUGAUGGUAUGGUUGAUGUUUGUCUCAUCCAGACUGAGAAUUCUCUGAUCUCAAGUCCCCCUACUGAUACCAAUUUGACUGAUGAUGCUUGAUAGGAGCAUUUUAAUGUGGUACAUUGGAGUAGAUGAUGAUGAAAUGAGCUGUUUGGCCCCAAAAUGAGCAUUUUGGC